CACCCUUGGGCCCUGAUCGUCAGCUCCAAACGAGCCGAUGGAAAAAUCCAAAAAUUUCCGCAUCGACGCCUUGCUGGCGGUGGAUCCCCCGCGAGCCGCCUCCACGCAGAGCGCGCCUCUGGCCUUGGUCACUUCCCUCGCCGCUACACCAUCUGGUCCCGGCCGCGGCGGUAGCGGUGGCGGGGGAACCAGUAGCGGGGCGAGCCGCAGCUGCAGUCCCGCGUCCUCGGAGGCCACCGCAGCACCCGGUGAUAGACUGAGGGCUGAGAGCCCGUCGCCUCCGCGCUUGCUGACUGCACACUGCGCGCUGCUGCCCAAGCCUGGAUUUCUAGGCGCCGGGGGAGGCGGCGGCGCGGCGGGUGGGCCGGGCACUCCACACCACCACGCGCACCCUGGUGCCGCCGCCGCCGCCGCUGCUGCCGCGGCUGCCGCCGCAGCCGGGGGCCUGGCACUGGGGCUGCACCCCGGGGGCGCACAGGGCGGCGCGGGCCUCCCGGCACAGGCAGCUCUCUACGGACACCCGGUCUACAGUUACUCGGCAGCAGCUGCAGCGGCCGCGCUAGCUGGCCAGCACCCGGCGCUUUCCUACUCGUAUCCUCAGGUGCAGGGCGCGCACCCUGCUCACCCUGCCGACCCCAUCAAGCUGGGUGCCGGCACCUUUCAACUGGACCAGUGGCUGCGCGCGUCUACUGCGGGCAUGAUCCUGCCCAAGAUGCCGGACUUCAGCUCCCAGGCGCAAUCGAACCUCUUGGGGAAGUGCCGAAGGCCUCGCACGGCCUUCACCAGCCAGCAGCUGUUGGAGCUGGAACACCAGUUCAAGCUCAACAAGUACCUGUCGCGACCCAAGCGUUUUGAGGUGGCUACCUCGCUCAUGCUCACCGAGACCCAGGUGAAGAUUUGGUUCCAGAACCGCCGAAUGAAAUGGAAACGCAGCAAAAAGGCCAAAGAGCAGGCUGCGCAGGAGGCAGAGAAGCAGAAGGGCAGCGGCGGGGGCGCCGGCAAAGGCGGCACUGAGGAGAAGACGGAGGAGGAGCUGCUGGGACCUCCAGUUUCGGGGGACAAGGCCAGCGGCCGUCGCCUGCGGGACUUGCGGGACAGUGACCCAGAUGAGGAUGAGGAUGAUGAAGAAGACCACUUCCCCUACAGCAAUGGGGUCGGUGCCCACGCUGCCUCAUCCGAUUGCUCAUCUGAGGACGACUCGCCUCCCCCAAGGCCAGGAGGGCCCGGGCACCAACCUCUGCCCCAGUAGUUGUCCCAAAGGCGGCAGCAGGAAUGUGCAAAAUGGCGACCUGGGACCUGGGCUGCGGGGGUUCAAACUUCAUCCAGUGGCCUGCAGCCAGGCUGACAGCCUCUCCCCGGACUAUGUAUGCAUCCAGGUGUGGGCUGGAGUGCGAAUACUUUUUGGACCCUCGAAGGACAGCAAGAGAGAAUGAAAGAGGGGCUCCAAUGUGAACUUUCGUUCUUUUACAUUUAAUUUCGGGUCAUGUUGGCCAGAGGUGUUUGUGAGAAGAAUCUACCCUUUCUAGGAGUGGCUCCUGCCUGACUCUUCUCUCAUCAAAGAAAGGGGAAAAAAUGACAGUGUUAAGUGACCUAGAAACUUGAACCCGCCAUUGGAGACAACCAUUCUGUUGAGAAUUGAAAACACAGGUUGAAUAAAGGUGUUAUGCCUAUGUAUGGGAUAGGGUGGGAUGGGGUGGGGUGUUAUGUCAUGAGCAUUCAGAUUGCUGCAAAAUCUCAGAAUGGUAGUGUAUUUUUGUAUAUUGUAUUUAUAUAUAAAGAAAGAAACGUCUACUUAUGCAUGCUAAAUUAUUAUUUAGCUUUCCCGUUCCCCAGGAUAGAGAUGAAAUGUAAAAUAAA